GAGAGAGAAGGGUAGAUGGGAGCUACGAGUAGCUGUAGUAGUAGUAGUAAGUAAGUGAGGAUGUGAGCGUUGUGGAAGGAGCAAGUGCCACGUGCGAAUCUCAUUUAAAGUCGUUAAGAAACUUGAAUGACCCCACGGGCUCUUGCUACCCGACCCCAAACUCACACCUACCCGCUGCAAUUCCUUAUAACUACUAUUAAGCUUUUUCAAGAUUUGUGCUUUGUGUCUUGUGCAUGAUCAUCAUUAUCAUCAUAUAAACAACAUUCAUUUACACUCUUCUUCUUGGUUCUCUUCACUUUCAACACCGCCUUUUUCCGUUUUUGGUUCAAUAUGCUUCAUACCCACAUAGAGAUUUGAAGCAAUUUGAUUCAAGGCUUCUUCAAUUUUUAAGUUCCACUUUCAUUGAGUAUGUUAGAAGCCCGAAAGAGUCCGACAAUGGCUGGUGUUCUAGGUGGAAAUGGAUACGUAAAUGGGGCAGCUUUAAUCAGGCAUCCUGCUGCCGUUUCUGAAGUUGAUAAGUUCUGUAAUGCACUUGGUGGCAAGAAGCCAAUCCAUAGUAUUUUAAUUGCAAACAAUGGUAUGGCAGCUGUUAAAUUUAUACGUAGUGUGAGGACAUGGGCUUAUGAAACAUUUGGCUCAGAAAAGGCAAUCUUGCUGGUGGCCAUGGCCACACCAGAGGACAUGAGAAUCAAUGCUGAACAUAUUAGAAUUGCUGAUCAGUUUGUGGAAGUUCCUGGUGGGACUAACAAUAAUAACUAUGCCAAUGUACAGCUUAUUGUAGAGAUGGCGGAGAUAAAACAUGUAGACGCAGUUUGGCCUGGUUGGGGUCAUGCAUCCGAGAACCCUGACCUACCAGAUGCUCUAAAUGCAAAAGGAAUUAUAUUUCUUGGGCCGCCCGCAACAUCUAUGGCAGCGUUAGGAGAUAAAAUUGGUUCAUCAUUGAUUGCUCAAGCAGCAGAAGUGCCUACCCUUCCAUGGAGUGGUUCUCAUGUGAAAAUCCCUCCAGACAGUAACUUGGUUACAAUUCCAGAUGAAAUAUAUAGAGAAGCAUGUGUUUCUACAACAGAAGAAGCAGUUGCAAGUUGCCAAGUUGUUGGUUACCCAGCAAUGAUCAAGGCAUCAUGGGGUGGCGGUGGUAAAGGCAUAAGAAAGGUUCAUAAUGAUGACGAAGUCAGGGCAUUGUUUAAGCAAGUUCAGGGAGAAGUUCCUGGUUCCCCAAUAUUUAUAAUGAAGGUUGCAUCUCAGAGCCGACAUCUAGAAGUCCAGUUAUUGUGUGAUCAACAUGGAAAUGUUGCAGCUUUGCAUAGCCGUGAUUGUAGUGUUCAAAGACGACACCAAAAGAUUAUCGAGGAAGGUCCAAUAACAGUAGCUCCUCUAGAGACAGUGAAGAAAUUGGAACAGGCAGCUCGAAGGUUGGCUAAAUCCGUUAAUUAUGUUGGAGCGGCUACUGUUGAGUAUCUGUACAGUAUGGAUACUGGAGAGUACUAUUUUUUAGAGCUCAACCCUCGUUUACAGGUCGAGCAUCCUGUUACUGAGUGGAUUGCUGAAGUUAAUUUGCCAGCAGCCCAGGUCGCUGUUGGGAUGGGUAUUCCUCUUUGGCAAAUUCCUGAGAUAAGAAGAUUUUAUGGAAAGGAACAUGGUGGUGGAUAUGAUUCUUGGAGAAAUACUUCAGUUAAGGCCACCCCAUUUGAUUUUGACCAGGCAGAAUCUAUAAGACCAAAAGGUCAUUGUGUUGCUGUUCGUGUAACAAGUGAGGACCCAGAUGAUGGAUUCAAACCUACCAGUGGGAAAGUACAGGAGUUGAGUUUUAAAAGCAAGCCAAAUGUGUGGGCAUACUUUUCUGUCAAGUCUGGAGGAGGGAUUCAUGAAUUCUCUGAUUCUCAAUUUGGACAUGUUUUUGCAUUUGGCGAGUCUAGAGCCUUGGCUAUUGCAAAUAUGGUUCUUGGGCUGAAGGAAAUUCAAAUUCGUGGAGAAAUUCGAACUAAUGUUGACUACACGAUUGAUCUCUUACAUGCUUUAGAUUACAGAGAGAAUAAAAUCCACACAGGCUGGUUGGAUAGUAGAAUAGCUAUGCGAGUGAGAGCAGAACGGCCCCCUUGGUAUCUGUCUGUUGUUGGAGGAGCUUUAUUUAAAGCAUCUGCAAGUAGUGCCGCAAUGGUUUCAGAUUACGUGGGCUAUCUUGAAAAGGGGCAAAUACCACCCAAGCAUAUAUCGCUUGUACACUCACAAGUGGCCUUGAACAUCGAAGGAAGCAAAUACACAAUCGACAUGGUAAGAGGUGGACCGGGAAGUUAUAGACUGAGAAUGAAUGAGUCAGAGAUUGAAGCAGAGAUACAUACUUUACGUGAUGGAGGUUUAUUGAUGCAGUUGGAUGGAAACAGUCAUGUGAUAUAUGCUGAGGAAGAAGCAGCUGGAACUCGGCUUCUCAUUGAUGGAAGGACAUGCUUGCUUCAGAAUGAUCAUGACCCAUCUAAGCUCAUAGCGGAGACACCAUGCAAACUGAUGAGGUAUUUGGUUUCUGAUGGUAGUCAUGUUGAUGCUGAUACACCUUAUGCUGAGGUCGAGGUUAUGAAGAUGUGUAUGCCUCUACUUUCACCUGCUUCUGGAAUUAUUCAAUUUAAAAUGUCUGAAGGUCAAGCAAUGCAGGCCGGUGAGCUUAUAGCAAGACUUGAUUUAGAUGACCCUUCAGCUGUGAGAAAGGCAGAACCUUUCACUGGGACUUUUCCUAUCUUGGGACCUCCAACUGCAAUUUCUGAUAAAGUUCAUCAGAAAUGUGCUGCAAGUAUAAAUGCAGCACGAAUGAUUCUUGCAGGUUAUGAACACAACAUUGAUGAAGUAGUGCAAAACUUGCUCCAUUGCCUUGACAGUCCUGAACUCCCUUAUCUUCAAUGGCAAGAAUGCAUGGCUGUUCUUGCAACCCGCCUUCCCAAAGAUCUUAAAAAUGAGUUAGAAUCAAAAUAUAAAGAGUUCGAUGCAAUUCCUAGCACUCAGAAUGUUGAUUUCCCUGCUAAACUAUUGCGGAAUAUUCUUGAAGCCCACCUAUUGUCCUGUUCUGAUAAAGAAAGAGGAGCCCUGGAGAGGCUUAUUGAACCUUUAUUGAGCCUUGCAAAGUCUUAUGAGGGUGGCAGGGAAAGCCAUGCUCGCAUUAUUGUUCAGUCCCUAUUUGAAGAAUACUUGACGGUUGAAGAAUUAUUUAGUGACAACAUUCAAGCUGAUGUAAUUGAGCGUCUCAGACUUCAGUAUAAAAAAGAUCUCUUGAAGAUUGUCGACAUUGUACUUUCUCAUCAGGGUGUCAAGAGUAAGAAUAAGCUUAUACUAAGACUCAUGGAACAGCUUGUUUAUCCUAACCCCGCUGCAUACAGGGAAAAACUAAUUAGAUUCUCCACGCUCAACCAUACAAACUAUUCUGAGUUGGCACUAAAAGCAAGUCAGUUGCUGGAGCAAACCAAAUUGAGUGAACUCCGUUCCAACAUUGCGAGAAGUCUCUCAGAGUUGGAAAUGUUUACGGAGGAUGGUGAAAACAUGGAUACUCCCAAGAGGAAAAGUGCCAUAAAUGAACGAAUGGAGGAUCUUGUGAGUGCUCCUUUGGCAGUUGAGGAUGCCCUGGUAGGUCUGUUUGAUCAUAGUGAUCACACCCUUCAAAGGCGAGUGAUGGAGACUUAUGUUCGUCGAUUAUAUCAGCCCUAUCUUGUGAAGGGGAGUGUGAGGAUGCAGUGGCACAGAUCUGGGCUCAUUGCUUCAUGGGAGUUCUUUGAAGAGCAUAUUAAGAGAAAAGAAGAGGCCGAAGUAAAUGAUAAACCAUUAGUUGAAAAACACAGCGAGAAGAAAUGGGGAGUCAUGGUGAUAAUAAAAACUCUCCAAUUUUUGCCAGCAAUAAUUAGUGCUGCAGUAAGGGAAGCAACCCAUAAUCUCCAUGAUGCAACUCCAAUUGGAUCUCCUGAGCCUGAUAGCCAUGGGAAUAUGAUGCAUAUUGCAUUAGUUGGUAUUAACAAUCAGAUGAGUUUACUCCAGGAUAGUGGUGAUGAAGAUCAGGCUCAAGAAAGAAUCAACAAGUUAGCAAAAAUACUUAAAGAGCAAGGAGUAGCCUCGAGUCUGCGCAGCGCAGGAGUUGGAGUGAUUAGUUGUAUCAUACAAAGGGAUGAAGGACGGGCUCCUAUGAGGCACUCCUUUCACUGGUCAUCAGAAAAGCUCUAUUAUGAAGAACCUCUAUUACGUCAUCUGGAACCUCCUUUGUCCAUCUAUCUUGAAUUGGACAAGCUUAAAGGAUACGAGAACGUACAGUAUACUCAAUCAAGGGAUCGUCAAUGGCACUUAUACACUGUUGUAGACAGACGUGUACCAAUGCAAAGGAUGUUUCUCAGAACACUUGUAAGGCAGCCCACAACAAAUGGAGGGUUUACCGGAUAUCAAGGACUAGAUGUGGAAACAACCCGUAUGCCAUUUACUUCCAGGGGAAUUUGGAGGUCCUUAGUGACAGCAAUGGACGAGUUGGAACUUAAUGCACACAACACGACUCUCAAAUCUGACCAUGCUCAUAUGUACCUUUAUAUCUUACGGGAGCAACAACUAGAGGAUCUUGUGCCUUACCCUAGGAGAGUUGAUGUAGAUGGUAGUGUAGAAGAAACUGUUGUUGAGGCAAUCUUAGAAGAGCUGGCACGUAACAUACAUGUAUCUGUUGGUGUAAGAAUGCAUAGAUUAGGUGUUUGGGAAUGGGAAGUGAAACUUUGGAUAUCAUCUUCCGGACAGGCAAAUGGUGCUUGGCGGGUUGUAGUAACAAAUGUGACUGGUCAUACUUGCACUGUACAUGUUUAUCGAGAAUUUGAGGACAACAACGAACACAAAGUGGUGUACAGUUCAAUUUCUAGGGUAGGUCCUCUGCAUAGAGUUCCAGUGAAUGCGCAGUAUCAACCUUUAGGAGUUCUUGAUCGGAAACGCCUUUUGGCCAGGAGAAGCAACACGACUUACUGUUAUGAUUUUCCACUGGCAUUUGAGACGGCAUUGGAGCAGUCAUGGGCAUCUCAAUCUUCCAGUAUCAAAAAACCAACAGAUAAAGCUAUUCUCAACGUAACUGAGCUCCAGUUUGCUGACCAGAAUGGUAGCUGGGGUACCCCUCUUGUUCCUGCUUCACGUCCAUCUGGGCUUAAUGAUGUUGGCAUGGUAGCUUGGUCUAUGGAGAUGUCAACUCCAGAGUUUCCUUCUGGAAGGAAAAUCUUGAUAGUUGCAAAUGAUGUGACAUUUAAAGCAGGGUCUUUUGGCCGAAGAGAGGACGCAUUCUUCCUUGCUGUGACUGAUCUUGCUUGUGCCAAGAAACUACCUUUAAUAUACUUGGCAGCAAACUCUGGCGCCCGUCUUGGAGUAGCUGAAGAAAUAAAAUCUUGCUUCAAAGUUGGUUGGUCGGAUGAUUUAAGCCCUGAGCGUGGUUUUCAGUAUGUAUAUUUAACCUCUGAUGACUAUGCUCGCAUUGGAUCAUCUGUGAUAGCACACGAGUUAAAGCUACCAAGUGGAGAAACCAGAUGGGUUAUAGAUACAAUUGUUGGAAAAGAAGAUGGUUUGGGGGUUGAGAAUUUGUCUGGCAGUGGGGCUAUUGCUAGUGCGUAUUCAAGAGCAUACAAGGAGACAUUUACCUUGACUUAUGUGACUGGUAGAACAGUUGGAAUAGGUGCUUACCUUGCUCGCCUAGGGAUGCGAUGCAUACAGAGGCUUGAUCAACCCAUCAUUUUAACCGGUUUCUCUGCAUUGAACAAACUUCUUGGUCGAGAGGUUUACAGCUCACACAUGCAACUUGGUGGGCCGAAAAUUAUGGCAACUAAUGGGGUUGUUCAUCUGACAGUCUCAGAUGACCUCGAAGGAAUAUCUGCUAUUCUAAAAUGGCUAAGCUAUGUUCCACCAUAUGUAGGUGGUCCUCUUCCCAUUUCACCUUCAUUAGAUCCUCCAGAGAGGCUUGUUGAAUACUUCCCUGAAAAUUCGUGCGAUCCUCGUGCUGCCAUUUGUGGUGUUUUGGAUGGUCAAAGCAAGUGGAUGGGAGGCAUUUUCGAUAAAAAUAGCUUUGUGGAGACUCUAGAAGGUUGGGCAAGGACUGUUGUCACAGGAAGGGCAAAGCUUGGAGGAAUUCCUGUAGGUAUAGUGGCUGUAGAAACACAAACUGUAAUGCAAGUUAUACCUGCUGAUCCAGGCCAACUUGAUUCCCAUGAGAGGGUUGUUCCUCAGGCUGGACAAGUAUGGUUUCCUGAUUCUGCAACUAAGACAGCACAAGCAUUGUUAGAUUUCAAUCGAGAAGAGCUUCCACUCUUUAUUCUUGCCAAUUGGAGAGGUUUCUCAGGUGGGCAGAGGGACCUUUUCGAAGGGAUUCUUCAGGCUGGUUCAACCAUUGUAGAAAACCUUAGAACAUACAAGCAGCCAGUUUUUGUGUACAUCCCAAUGAUGGGCGAGCUCCGUGGUGGGGCAUGGGUGGUUGUGGAUAGUCAAAUUAACUCAGACCAUAUUGAAAUGUAUGCGGAUGAAACAGCUAGAGGUAAUGUACUUGAGCCAGAAGGGACGAUUGAGAUCAAAUUUAGAACAAAGGAGCUGCUGGAGUGCAUGGGAAGGCUUGAUCAACAACUAAUACAUCUGAAGACAAAACUUCAAGAAGCCAAAAGCAGUGGUACACAUGGGCUGGUUGAAUCCAUUCAACAACAGAUAAGAACUCGGGAGAAGCAACUUUUGCCUUUAUACACUCAGAUAGCUACUAAAUUUGCAGAAUUGCAUGACACUUCCCUGAGGAUGGCUGCGAAAGGAGUUGUGAGAGAAGUUCUGGAGUGGACCAAGUCUCGAUCUUUCUUUUACAAGAGACUGUGGCGGAGAAUUGCAGAGGAAUCACUGAUCAAGACUGUAAUAGAAGCCGCUGGGGACCAGCUGCCAUAUAAAUCUGCGAGGGACUUGAUUGUCACCUGGUUUUCAGAUUCUGACAUUUCAAAAAGCAGACAAAAUGCUUGGUCGGAUGAUGAAGCUUUCUUUAAAUGGAAGGAUGAUCCACAGAAUUACGAGGCCAAACUAAAGGAGCUGCGGGUGCAGAAGAUAUUUCUCCAAUUAUCAAACAUUGGCAACUCAACUUCAGAUCUCCAAGUUCUACCUCAAGGUCUUGCCACCCUUCUAAGCAAGGUGGAUCCCACAAGCCGUAAAGUGCUAAUAGAAGAACUCCGCAAGGUGCUCGGUUAGCUGGAGAAAUCGAUGAACUUGUUCUCGAUCAUUUUACAAGAUGUUAUAACAUUAUGGCCUCUUGGAAGUGAUCUUUUGAGAACCUGUACUCAUCUCUCCUCAAAGUGUAUAUCUUUUUCUCUCUUUUCUUAUUUAUUUUAGUUUUAGAGUUCAAAUAAGGGAACGGAUAACGUGUAAGGAACAAGACUAGCUCUAUUUAUAGCAGGGCCCUAUCUCUUUCAGUUCCCUGCAAAAGCUUUAUCAUUUCUUAGAACUGAAACAAAUAUUAUUUUUUUGAAUAAGAAUGUAGAUUAUUUAAUUAAUCUACUCAUAUUUAUAAUACACUUUGAUAAUCGAUGAUUAUUGUUUCA